AUGGCGUUUUUUCAAUUGGUUCUCAAAGCUAGAAAGCUCGAGAAAGCCAGGUUAAGAUACGAAGAUGAGAAAUUGAGAUCGAUCGAGAUCUCCGAGGGUGUCGAGCCACGGCUGACUUUCAAGCAGCGUCUCCGACGAAAGAGAUUAAAAUGCAUUGUAUUUCUAUUGCUGCCGCAAUUCUUUUCUAAACGUGGCAGACAGGCCUUGAUGGCCUAUGCUUUUAUUCUAACACUUACUGGACCGGCAAAGAAUAUCUUGCAUAAUAUUAGUGUCCUUUCGGAGUCUUUAGUCUGUGGACAGGAGCAAUUAAAACAAGCCGUGAAAAACGUAGUUGACUUAAUAAAAGAACCCUUCUACGCUCUGAGAGACGCGAUAUCGAAAGUAAUAAAGACGGUGAAGGUGGUCGUGAGGAAGAUUAAGCGGACUCUCGUGGCUAUCAAGCGACUUGUGCUUAGUAUACUGAGAGUGAUCACGUCGGUUUUUCAAUGGCUCGGCAGCAUCGUGAAUAUCUGCAACAAGAAGCUGGGCACGCCGUUCGACAGGUGUCAGAGUGUCUUUGAGGGCGCGGUUACUGACUGCAAAGCGAAGCUCGGUCCCCUUUUCGGUGGGAUUUGCAAUCUGGCGUACGUCGUCGGCGCCUUGUGUUACGUAGUGAAACCUCUGGACUUCAUCUGCAUGCUCGUGUCUUAUGUCGCCGAUACUAUAGUUAACGCCGUACGGAAGAAAAUCAAAAGGUUUACUCGCCAUGUAAAAGCAAUGUUCUACGUUAAAGUAAAAUUCUCGCAUUCCUUCCAUUUUGAGACGAACCAAAGUAAAGCCCUCGAAGACGUAUCGACUGGUAUAAUUACCGAGGUACGAUCGAGGACCGAUAGAUUUCUAGCCGUUUUCGACUGGAUGAGCUUCAUGACCACUUUCUUCAUUUUCUUCAUGCUGCUAAGGAUCUUGCAUUAUCGACACAAAUGGCUGACAAGCGAACGCUUCGAUAACCGAUACCUGACGGAUGAUCUGCGCACUAUCGAUCUAAUAAGAACACGUCAGGAUAAGGAGACCAUUCUGCCAUUAAACCGUCGCGAGAGAAAUCAAUAUAUCCCGCUGACGUCCGUCACGUUGAUCAAGGUAGAAAAAAUUAAGCUCGCAAAAUCCGCCGUCUUUCUGGGCUUAACAACAUUCAAAAUCUGCAUCCAUAUGAUGGCGGACUACAGUCUUUAUUGGAUUCUUAGCACUAUUAGGUAUCACGGACGGAUCGAAACAAAGGUCCAACGACCCAAUUUCGUGGGCGUCUAUGUGUCUGGUGACGGUUAUCUCGCCGACCUUUAUCGAAGCAUCGUGAAAGCCUUCACGCCGCACGCGAAGGAUACGGAGAUCGAUGUGACGCCCUGCCUCCCAGAUCCCAUCCCACCGGAUCUAGAUCGGUACACGCAAAUUGUGACGUUGAUCAUCUUCUGCUGGAUCAUGGCAAUAUUUGAACCAUAUGGAUUGCGGCUGCGACAUGUCGUGAUGUGUAAAUAUCAUCCGGAAAGAGCUAAGCAAAGAGCCGCUUGGUUGUAUAAUCAUAUAAUUAGAUCGAGGGGAAGCUUUCUGAAAUUUGCACGACGCCAGUUGCGCCGCAAGUUCGGCAUGACCGAGGGCGAGAGAAUCGAGAGAGUCACGUUCAGAGAACGAUGCCUGGCGAUCUGCCCUUUCCUGAACAAAUUGUUCCCCCGAAAGCAGAACGUGUGUCUCCUGUGCGGCGCCGUGGAACGUUCCGAUCAGGAACCGCACAUUAAAUGCGCCACGCCAGGCUGCGUCGGUUUGUUCUGUAUCCAAUGCUUCGGGGACUUGCAGAAUCUCUGCACGAUUUGCCGAUCGCCCAUCGAGUAUGGCGAUUUAUCGGACAUUAGCGAGGAAAGAGAUUCAUCGGAUGAUCAAUUAAUCGCGAAAAAGGAACCUGUACCAAUAAGUACUUAUAUCGAUGAAAAAGAAGAACCAAUUGUAGAAGAAAAACCUGAGAAAGAGACAAAAGAAGAAGUAGAAGAAAAAGAAAUGCCGGAAAUAAGAGAACCAGGAGAAAUAAUAGCGGAAGAAAGAGUGUCGGAAGAAAAAAUAUUGGAAAAAAAAAUACCGGAAAGAAGAAUAUCUGAAGAAAGGAAAGAAGAAAGAAUUGAAAGAAUAAUUGUAGAAAAGAAGGAUCAAGCAGUGCAAACGGACGAUGAUAUCGGUGAAAGUAGUUCUGAUUCGGUCUACAGUUAUACUUAUCAAGAAGGCUCACGAGAGAUCGAAAUCGAGCGUCGGAGAACGCCGUUCAAAGACAUCGAAGCGCAGAGAAUAAGAGAAGAUGUUACGAUUCAAAUUUUCAAUGAGCCAUUGGUAAAGGACAUUACUUCGAGCAGUGAGGAUCCGACGUCCUGCUUCAUGCUGAGAGCUCGUAGGAGACUUCGUACCAGGUUGAAAAGGAAAUCCUGCGCUUCCCCGCGCAAGGACGAUUCCAGCUCGUCUACGUCGAUAGCCGACACCGAAUCCUGCUCUACGGAGGAGCUAGAUGAGGAAGAGGUAAUUCACAUUGAGAUGGACGACGGCUCAAAGGAAUUACUCUUAAAGGACGGCACUGGCAAAGCAAGAAAACGAAGUAGUCACAUAGGAAGAAUCCUUGCUGCACUCACGAAAAUAUCCUGGCUCGGCAAGAGAACGACGACCGAUAGCGACGGCGAAUGGCGAACGAGAAAACCGUCUCUCCUGGAUAAAAUAGCACGGAUGCUUUCUGGAAAUCAAUCUACCUCGCCUGUACGAAUGUAUCGACGAAUUCGAGUUACGAAAAAGGACGCGAAGCGUAAGGGCUCUUCCUCCGUUUCCUCGUCUGCCUCCGACGAAGAAAACGAACGGCGCGCGCUCUUAAAGGCGCACGAACGGCAAGUAGAUUGUUUGCAAAUCAUCUCAGAUCAUGACGAUUCCGGGGAUAAUAUUUACAGCAGAAAUUAUGAUUCACAUCGUGCACGACGCGGGACGAUCUGUCGCCAACCGGAUUCUCACAUAGGAGCUGACGAUGCAAAACUGAGACAUCCUCACGAGAAGAAAUUUGCAACGAAAGAAUUACCAAGAUAUCUGCAGCCGAUUUCGAAGGAUACGGCGUAUUUUGUAGUAGACGAGAUUAAAGAUUCUCAAUCGAAGCGGAGAUGCAUUCGUUCGACAGACCGCAUUAAUAUUUUAUCAGAUACUAGAAUAUCCAACAUCGACAAUCAGAAGAGAGAUAAAUGGAACGUCACUAGUGACAACUACGCUCAAAUUUCUUGCUCGUGCACGUCGCAAAUAUCCUGCGAUGUUAAAGAUAGCAGAAGCCAAUCGAAUAUGAGUGCCAUUACAGAACAAAGUAGUGAAACAUCUAAAACGAACGAAAUGUCAGAAACAGAUAAGGAAUGGCUGGCUACUGAUUGGGAAAGAUCCGAUCAAGAAAAGAAAACAGAAGAAAUUGUCACUAUGGAAGAAACAUCGAUAGACAGUGAAACAGACAAAACAAGAGUUCCAAAGAAAGCUCUAGUCGAAAAUGAUCGAAGGAAAUCAUUAGCGAAAAAUAGCAGAGCAUUUGCGGAGUCAAAUAAUACUGUAGAAGAAAAAAGUGUAAGAAAAUACUUUACCAAAAAGGAACAAGUUGAAGAAUUAGCCAGAGAGAAAAAAGCUAGAGAAAAAGUAAUGGCGUCGACUUCGGUAGCAAAUGAUAAAGCUCGAUUGUACGAUCCGCUAGCUAGUUCAGAGUUGUACGGCGUCACGUGCCAAGUAAAAAGACGUGAAAAACCUGCCGUGGAAAAAUUAACGAAGCAAUCGGGAACGGCGGAAAUACGUGUUGACGAUAGAAAAGCGACGGAAUUUGAGGAAGGUAUUGAAAUGGUACCAAAAAAUGUGCAGGUUUUUGCGCAUAAAAAUAGAAAACCUGCGGCAGUAUCCGAAAAAAAUAUUCAAAUGAAUCUGCGAAAAUUUGAAAAAUACAAAAGGCACGAUAAGAUGUCGCGUAUUGGCAGAGCAGCUGGCUUGGAAAAGGAAAGGAAGAAAAAGGAAAGAAAACAGGAAAAGUGGAUCGACAAAUAUAAACAUCGUAAGCAGAGAGAAUCUGAUGGUAGUUUACCACGAGGAAAACAAAAGUCUUACUUUUGCAAUAAGGCAACACUGAUUAAAGAAAAGCUUUAUAACAGAAAACGGGAAAAUAUUUACAGUCGUGAUGCGUUUACUCAUAGACAUCCCAGUCGCGCAGAAUGGCAUCCUGAUGACGUUCGAAGACAGACAAGAGUUACUCCUGCAUUAAGAUCAGUGGCUGAAUUAAACAAAAAUCGUCAAACUCAAUGCAACCUUCGCGACCAGGAAGAGACUCAAAGUAGGAGAGAUGAUAUGAAGUACGAUCUGAAGUCUACAAACAAACCAAAAGUCUGGUCUUGUCAAGUUCAGUCGCAAUUUAAGGCACCUGAGCAAAUAGUUUACUGUCAAGAUUAUUGGGAUCAAGAAAAAGUUUCGAGGUCAUGUAAUGAAUCAUUGGAAAAGAAACCGCAGCAAAUAAAAAGAAGAUACAACGUUAAUGUGCGCGAAACCAGAUUGGAGGUACCUAUGUUGAAACAAUAUCUACCUGCAUAUCAAACGCCAGGUUUAAUAGAAGAGCUAAAGGAACACGAUAGAAUGAGAUUAAUUCAGGAACGAGAAGCUAGAAGAUGGACGGCUUUGAGCGCUCUUCGAAGCACGAGGGAUUCUUCUUCGAGUACCAAAUCGAGGGAUCAGGCAUGCGGUACCUCUGUAAUGUGCGAUGCUCACGAAGCCGUCAGCAGAGUAACUUCAGUCUCCACGAAGCUGACAGAGGGGAAUACCCUUCCGUAUCAAGAAACGCAAACCUUCAAAGACGUGGUGCGUGAGUUUCGGGAGAAAGUGAUAGCGGCUGAGAGACCUCUAAUAUCUUUAUCUCGGAGCGCAGACAAAUGUAAAGAUUUGAAACAAUUGUUCCCUCCCAAAAAUGAGGACCGUGGUGGGUUUACGAUGACGCCGAAGUUUGAGAAAGUUGUUAACAGGUUUAAGGAUCGAUACGUCGGUUUUCGCCGAUCAGCCGAAAGCAGGUAGGAGAGAAGCUUUGAAAGCUUUAGCGUGGCCGAAGAGAAAGGAGAAGAUAUCAUGAGAGAACAGGAGGUGGAAAAUAAGGCAGAAAAUGAUAAGAGGAUGCCGGAGGCGAAUUGCGCGUGCACUUUGGAAACGUGCGGAAAAGAAAGGAUCAAGCGAGAGACUUACGUGGAUAUAUCAGCGAAAAAGAAGUUACUCGCGCGCGACGAAAAUAUCAGUCCAACAAGGCUGAGUGAGAUGAUCAACAAAGAAAUAAACGAUUCCAUCAAACGGAUCAACAAUUCUAUUAAAGAUGCUGUGCAAACUCUUGUAAAGUGUUCAAUGGAAGAGAAAAAGCAAAUUUUAUCGCGUUUAGAAGAACCCAAAGAAAUAUCCGAUAUGUGUCAAUCUCCUGUGCUGGAAGAACAUUGUAAAAAAUUGCCCAACGUUUGUAUUAAUCGACAAACUACAAGUCACGCUUCACGGCGAUGUAAUAAUUUAUCCAAACAUGACAUUUCAUAUCCGUGUACAAAAAUAUACAAGAGUGCAAUACCGUUACCUGUAAAAAAUAAAGUUAGCGGUGAAAGAAAAAGCAAAAAGCAUUCGAAAUCAGCGAAUAACCCGAACACCGAUAAUCGCAGAAUGACCGGAAAUGUUAAUAUUUAUAUUUGCUCGGAGACUAAUGAUAAAAACCAGGUCAGUUUCAAUCACCUAAUUUUAUUCAUGAGAAGAGCAGCGAUAACACCGUCGACGAUAACGAAAUAUCACGACACGGAAAAAGCAGGAAGGAUCAACGCUGGAAACGUUUGGUGCAAGGACAUGACCUCAUCGACCAAAGACGGUUCCUAUUACAAAGAUACGAACGACAUAGAUCUCCAACAGAAUUCGUCGUACUCUACAGUUCCGUGUUCAAGUUUCAGCACGUGUGACAAUACCAGACGCCCACAAUCUUGGACCACUAUAUAUCCUUCGGAAGCGAGAACGAGGCUGGACGACAGUAAUGUCUUCCUGUCGAGAGCGAUUUGUACCAAUGUGGAACGAAGGGAUAAUCGCAAAAAUAACGAUCGCGAUAGUGAUCGCGGAGACGAUAGCGAAUACACUGUAUGCCGUGCGGUCGAUGACAGCAGAUGGUUACCGAAACCGAUCUACGCGGAUUGCACUGCGUACGGCGAAGAUUCUAAAGAAUGUUUCAGAGACAAUUGUAAAUAUCGAAAUAAAAUACUCCAAGAGUCGAUGGUAAAUCGAAGCAAUAUCCCGAAGAGGCAGAUGGGAUAUAAGCUUUUGCAACAAUCUCUCGCAAGUUGCCAAAGAGAGCAAGUGGCACGAAAGUGGUCCACGUGUAGUUGUAUCGCGGAGGAGGAGGAAGAUUGUUGCAAGGACGUUGACAGAGUCGAGAAGGAGCUUCCUGAAAACAUAUGUAAUGUCGUAGAGUGUCUAGAAAAAAUAUCCGUUUGCCAAACACCUUCUAAAAAAUUAGCCAAAAGUACAACUAUAUGCGAGACAUCAUUCAGUGCUCCACGUUUCGAGAACACGCGAACUUGUAAGGAUUUGGCGAAACAUUCGAAAGACAUAUGCAGAACAAAGUUUGAAAAUUCAGAAGAACCUUCAAAGAGAACAAGAGUUUGUAACGAUAUCGUUACUGAAGAACCUUCGGAAGAUAUCACAGUUUGUAAGACGGUGUUUGGCGAACCGAAUGGACUUGCGGAAGAAGUAAUAGUUUACAGGACGGCGUUUCCUGACUCCAAAGACACCCCAAAGGAAACAAUUUGUAAGGAGAUUCCCGAUUCGAACUUUGCCAACCAAGUCGAUGUUAACAGAUUAUCCUUAAACGAUGCAAAGGAUAAACUUGCGGAACAGAAUAUAAAUAGCUCGAACUUAAAUGAUCCGAAAGAGAAUGCUGGAAAUACAAGAACGGUAAAACUAAAUAAUGAGCCUGACAACGAUGCUCUUAAUAAUUUUAUAAGACCACAGUCUGCUAAUGUAGAACAACAUGAACAAAUAAAAGAGACUUUAAAUGAUCAAUCGAAAAAUUUACAUCAAAUUCCCGUUGAAUCGAUUAAAGAUUUUAAACCAUUGUCAAAAAAUGUUCAUUCUACAACAUUACGUGGGCAAAACGAUUAUGAUCGUUCGAAUCUUGUCUCGAAUUCCAAUGUAAAGGAAACAUCGAAGACUCUUGUUAAUCAGCAAAGAAUGCGAUCACUUAAUCGAUCAAUGAGAAAUUACUCUCAACGAUCGAAUAAUCUUACGCAAAAUUUAACGUCAAACAAAAAUGAUCAACUGGAAGAAGAAACGCAAGAAAACUCGAAAGAAAAAGAAGAGAGGCAAGAUAUUUCAAAAGAAAUGGGAACCACUGAGCACGAACAGAAAGAGCCACUUUUACAUCGAUCGUUUAAAAAAUUAAUUGACGUAAUUAGACGUGGCAGGACGCUCGUUACAGAUAGAAUAGAAACGGGAAAAAUUGAAGCGAGAAAAAUAAUCACUGGUGAUAAAAAAGACGAUAUUUUUGAAACCGAAAAUAAAACUGGUGAUAUAAAAGAUCAGCAAGAGAUUAUUGAAAAAGUGGUUAUACCAAUGAAAUCACCACAAACAGAGAUUGCAAACGAAGGUAAAUGGAAAAAGAUAGAUAUUCAAAGAACGGAUCAAGCAAUGCCUAAAUUACUGCGUAUCAUCGCGGCGAAGAGAUCACAUGUUCUACCAGCUACAAUGACAACUGAUUCUAAAGUCCAAGAGCCUGAAAUAGUAUCUGUUCCUGCUAAAAUAAUCACAAUUAAUCAUGUCGACCAAGAGGAAAAAGAAGAAGAAAGAAUUCCAGAAGAAAAGAUGUUGCUGAUGAAGAUAGAGACCUUCCCAAAGAUAUUCGAGAUGAAACAACAAUGA